UGCCGGGGACGGGCGGACUAAGGGGGCGCGGGGGGGCGGGCUCAACGCAUGGCAAGCUGAUCGCCCGAUCGUCGCUCCAAGUCUUUCAUCUGCCUGCUGUCGGGAUGCCCCGGACCAGCGAGCGGAAGGUGGAAGGCCGACUGGAUUCUUAGACAGCGAGCGAGCGAGCUGUCAGUCCUCGCUCGCCAGGCCAGUCCUCGCUCGGAGCAGAUCUGGGUUGAAUUUGUCCCGCGGCAAGAGGCGGCGUGGACGCGGGAAGCGAUCCAGGACUGCUUCCUGCCCUCGAAGUCCCAGCCGAGCUUCGCGGGUGGGAGGCUUCCUCCCCGGCUUCAGCCGCCGCCUCCCGCCCGGGACCGGGUCUCCGUCUCUCUCCUUUCCUCCGCGACUGGCUCUCCUGCCGAGAAGGAGGGGGGCGCCCAUCAUGCCUCCCCGAAGACCUUGAUCAGGAGCCCUGCCCUUCGUUUGCGCUCCUCCGACGGCCGGAGGGGCUUGUCUCCCUCGCCGACGCCUGGGGUUUGCAGAAACUGCGCCGCGCAGCCCAGCCCCGGGAAGGAAGACGCCUAGGAAGAGGGCAGAGACGAUCAUGCAGAGCUGGACCAAGUUCUCCUCCCGCCCUCUCCUCUUCCUAGCCGCGCUCUUGGUGGUGGAGAGCUCCCAGCUCGACGGCACGAAGGCGAACGCGAUCAAGGCCACCCUCAUGGGCGAGGCGCCGACGCAGGCGGCCAACAGGUCGGCCGCCUUCCACCAAGGACUGCCUCUGGGGAGCGGCAAGAAAGGCAAGCUCUUGGGCCAGGGGGGGAAAGGCCUCAAGCAUUAUCACCGGCAAGGCGAGGCUUAUCCUUGCACUAAUGAUAAAGAAUGUGAAGUCGGGAAGUAUUGUCAUAGUCCCCAUCAAGCUACAUCUGCCUGCAUGGUUUGUAGAAGGAAGAAGAAACGUUGCCACAGAGAUGGCAUGUGCUGUCCUGGAAACCGCUGUAACAAUGGUAUUUGUAUACCAGUGACUGAGAGCAUUCUCACACCCCAUAUCCCAGCUCUGGAAGUACCUCGCAACAACAAAAAAAAUCACUAUCCCACCAAGGAUUUGGGCUGGCAGAAUAUAGGGAAAGGACAGUCAAAGCUGACACACACAAAAGGUCAUGAAGGAGACCCUUGCUUAAGGUCCUCUGAUUGCACAGAGGGGUUUUGUUGUGCUCGUCAUUUUUGGACCAAAAUUUGCAAGCCUGUGCUACACCAAGGAGAGGUAUGCACCAAACAGCGGAAGAAAGGUUCCCAUGGGUUGGAGAUUUUCCAGCGCUGUGACUGUGCCAAAGGGUUAUCAUGUAAAAUCUGGAAAGAUGCCACUUAUUCUUCAAAAGCAAGACUUCAUGUGUGCCAGAAGAUCUGAUGGGGGAUCUGAAGAUUGUCAUUGGCAGGCCUUGACAAAUGUAUACUACAUAGACUGCUGUGUGGUGGGAAAAAAUAAUUGUAAAUAAGAAAUGACGGGCCCAAGUAUCCUUUGUGGCAGGAAAAAGCAUCAUCCCAAAAUGAGUUAUAAUUCUGCCUGGAAGUAAAGAUGGGAGCAGAUGGCUGUUCCUUUUAGUGUGAUGCCAUUCUACCAGUGGGGCUAAAGAUUUGCAACAAAGCCCAACCGAUAGUCUCGUGACUUCUCCAUAUUAGUUGUAGUUAGUUUCUCCCACUUUGAUUGUAAAAUAGGAUAUUUUUACAAUACAAAGCAGGACUUUGCCAAAAUAUGUUUCUAUCAACACAUUCUUGUGUACUGAAUAGCAACAACAAAAGUCCCUAAUAAGCUAAAGGUAUUAGAAAUACAGGAAGAAGUUACUGCAUUAGGUAACUAUGGAUUUUAUCUUUUAACAAUCCAAGGCUCUCACUUGCAUAGGGAGUUUUAGCCUCCAUCAAGAUAUAUGUUACUUUGAAUAGAGGCAGUUAAGCAAGGGUGACAAUCUUUCAUAUAAUGAUAUAAACAUUUAGACUUCAUAACUCGAACUGAUCCUUCUUCAUUUACUGUAGCCAGUGGCUUCCAUUAUCUUGGCUUAUUGAUAGCCACAUGGGCUAACCGACAAAGCAAACUAUUCAUUGAUACAUCCUAAAUGGAAUGGUAUACUAAGCUGCUAGUUGUAAAUACUAGAGAAUGGAGGUUUGCAUUUGAAUUCUUCUUCAGUUUUGCCCUUGAAGUGGGCAUUCAGGAACAUUAAAUCGUUUUUUUCCCCCUAAAUAAUAUGUCAGUAAGGGUUUUAGGUCAGAUGGUGAAGCAUGAUAUGUCAGUGAUAAAAUUAAAAAAAUGGUCAUAACAUUAAAAGUACUGAGGUUAAUAUGGAGAUGUGCCAUAUGAAUAUGGUGAAUAUAUUUUGAAUGCACCUUAGGAAUGUGGUUGGCAUUGCCACUACUGGAUUGCUGUACAUUUAUCAGUGGAUAGCAGUGGAGUUCACUAUAGCAGUAUUAAUGGGCUGGUAAAAAUGGACACUGAUUUCUGCUCUUUCCCUCCCUGCUCACAGCAUCCCUGUAUGUUUUCUCACAGUGCUGAUACCCCCAUGGUAUGAUCUGGGUUACGUUUAGGAGGCUGGAUGGUUCCCCUUUGCCUAAAAGGGGGAAAAAAUGUUUGUGUGUGUUCUUUGUUCUGUUCAUUUUUGUUUUAUUUGGGGGCUACUUGAUGUGAAUUCAAUAUGCUGAGGCAAUAUGUCAUAUGUAAUAUCUGUCUAAAAUGGAACAAUCAAAGCUAACCAACAACAAUAACAACAAUGUGUUUUAUAGCUGGCAAGUGUUUUUCCUGACUUUCUGAGGCCAUUGAAUGUUACAAAAAUUAAAGUUUAUCUGCAAUUAAUUUAUAUUUCAAAACCUCUGAGUAAAUAUCAGCCAAAUGCUGCAUGUUUUUUAUGUAUUAAAAAAACACUGUCAAACAAUUUUCCAUUUCUGUGCCAAAUUGCAACUUCAGAAAGUACCUAAAAUUAUCUAAAGGCAUAUGGUAGUGGUAAAAUGAUUUGGAACCUGUUCUUCAUAGUUUAUACACAAAAAAGUCAAGAAACUGGAUUUUGGCAGAGGUGCUGAUAAUUCUCUAUGCUUUUGCUUUAGAAACAGAAUUCCUUGGACCUUUGAUGGAAUUCAAGAGAAGCCAUAAAACUGUGCUACAGUAACAAUAUAGUUGGUAGACUCCUUAUUCCAGUAUUAAUAGGAUACUCUAUGUUCUAAUUCCCUCCCAUACUAUUCAUGUAGUUUAUUAUAAUGUACAUGAUCUAGGAGGAAAAUUGGAUAUUACAUGCAAUUUUGUUUUACGAAGUUUAGACAGAAUUGUUUAAAAUGAAAAGUAGCUUUGGCAGAUAGUAGAGAAACAAUGCAGGUUUAGCUUUCUCUGCUUGUGAUUGUUCUGCUUAAAAUAUCCCCAAGACAUUGCUCCAUCCAUCCAUGUUCCAGAUAUGUAUUUCCUUUGGCCAACUUCUCACUGGAACCUCAUUCAGAAAAGCAGCUUGGGAAAAAAAAAAGAGAAAACUGUUUUUUAAAAGAAGCCCAUGAAUUGUUCCUGCUACAGAUUAUUAGCCCUGAAACUCCAGAUUGAAUAUUUAAUUUUUCUCAGUAAUAAGAAGCUUAAAUAGAGAGCUUAUUUAAAGUUUAAGAGGUCCAACUGAUUUGAGAGUUUAAUACAGGAAGCUCUAUUCAGUUUACAAUGAAAAUAGGAUGGAGGUGGGCAAAGUGUAUCACUUCCUUUGCUUAAAUAAUGGAAGCAGGUAACUGACAUCCUUUUACUUUGGCAAGAUUACAGGAAAGAGUCCUUGCCCUCUCAGCACAGCUAGCAGUUACAAACUACAUCCCUGACUCACUGAAAUGUUACCUGCAUGCCCUUCCCCACUCUAUCCCCCCUCCCCCAUAUCUACUUUUUGAAGUAAUUUAUUUACAGGAAAUGUUUAAUGAGAUGUAUUUUCUUAUAGAAGAGAUUUCCUACAGAAAGCUUUGUAGCAAACUAUACUUGCAACUUGCUGACUUUGUA